UUAUUUAAUCUGAGACAUAUAAUAAAGACGGGUUAAAGUAUAAUUUUCAGAACAUACAUCCAUGAAGGAGCCCACCUUAAUAAUUAACAAAUAGAAGUAAAUAUAGAAUUUUGGAAAGUCAAUGACAUCGUUUCUUUAUUAUGGAUCUACACAUAAUUCACAGAAUCUGCAUCUUGUUCUUUUAUCUAGUACAACAAGUAAGCAGCUUCAAAAUUGGCUGUAGACCUAGUUCAGAAACCUAUUACUGCAAUUCUAUCUCAAAGCUAUUUCCUCCGACUGAAGCCAAUAACUGCAACCAUCUGAUAAUAUUCAAUUCAACUUUAUCAACCAUAGAUGCCACCCUGUUUACCAGAUUUGGAGCAUUUACCACCUUCACACUCAGCAACAUACAUGUUAGAGAAAUAUCACCAGGGUCUUUUGCAGACAUUAGCAAUUUAGAACAUCUUUACUUGGAUCACAAUAAUCUAACUACUAUAGAAAAAAAGGUAGUACAAAAUUUACGUAAACUUCAAACUCUUGACAUAUCUUAUAAUUCAAUCACUUACAUCGCAAGCGAAGCUUUUACUGGCACCAAAAUAUCGUCACUAAACAUUUCUGGCAAUAGUUUAAGUGAUUUCAACUGCAACAUCAAACAACUGACAACUUUAAACACUUUAGAUCUGUCCCAUAACAAGUUGCUUGUCUUCGACUUGGAAACUUUGCCAAACAGCACAAAAACGUUGAUAGUUGCAAGAAAUAAUUUAGAAAAUUUACAAGAGUGUAAAUGUAUCGAUUCUGGAUGUAUGAGUCUUGAGAUUUUAGAUUUGAGUUUUAACAAUUUUUCAAGUCUAAAGAGAAUACAUUUUACGCAUCUUUUAAACCUACAGUCGUUGUUCCUACAAGGAAAUCAACUGAUAUCCCUCUCUUCUGAUUUAUUUAGCAAUUUGAAUAAGAUUCAGUACCUCAAUGUAUCCUCUAAUCAUAUUAAAAUUGUUCCUUAUCAAUUGUUUGAUAAUCAAUUAUAUCUGAAGACUCUAGAUCUAUCAAAUAACGAGAUAAAAGUUUUUAAGCCGCUUAUGUAUCAAAACUUGUUUAAUUUAGACAGUUUAUAUCUACAAAACAAUUCCUUAGAUUAUCUUAAUGUACCAAGCUUUCAAAGCAUAGGACUCAAAUAUAUCAGUCUGGAUGAUAAUAAUUUUCUGUGCAACAAUCUCAUGCGAAUGUUAAAUAUCUUUAAGAGUUCUAAUAUAACUGUUUAUAAUGCUAAGCAUGUUGAAACCAGUAACAUAAAUGAUCUUUAUUGUAUUCCAAAUGAUCUAUCCCCUUCUAGUCAGUAUUUAACAAGUAAUAUAAAAACAGUGGUUUUUGUAUCACUGGCUGUUGUUCUUGUUACUAUUUCUAUUCCGUGGAUUUGGUGGUACCGGAGAAGGAAAGUGAGAUCGAGAGAAAGUGAGAGAGAAAUAACACUGUUUUCGGGGAGCUGACUGUUAUAUAUUGUUAAAAUAUGUAUUAAAAUGUUUCAUAAUUAAA